GGGAGGACCAUACUGCUUCUUAAGCUCCAGCAAUUCAAGCUGAGGCUAGAAAGCCAGACAGGCAGCCGCCCCUCGGGAUCUCCACCUGUCCUUCCAGGCUGGGAAGAAGAGCCCAGCCUGCCGCCCGAGCUCAGGAGCCCAGCCACCCCUGCCCUGCCAGCAUGGCCAACCAGCUGACCGAGGAGCAAAUUGCCGAGUUCAAGGAAGCCUUCUCUCUGUUUGACAAGGACGGGGAUGGCUGCAUUACCACCCAGGAGCUGGGCACCGUCAUGCGGUCCCUGGGCCAGAACCCCACAGAGGCUGAGCUCCAAGGCAUGGUGAAUGAGAUCGACCGGGAUGGAAAUGGCACGGUGGACUUCCCCGAGUUCCUGGGCAUGAUGGCCAGGAAGAUGAAAGACACGGACAGCGAGGAGGAGAUCCGGGAGGCCUUCCGCGUGUUCGACAAGGACGGCAACGGCUAUGUCAGCGCAGCCGAGCUGAGGCACGUGAUGACCAGACUGGGGGAGAAGCUGAGCGAUGAGGAGGUGGAGGAGAUGAUUCGGGCAGCAGACACGGACGGAGAUGGGCAAGUGAACUAUGAGGAGUUUGUGCGCAUGCUGGUGUCCAAGUGAGGGGCUCCUGGGCUGCCCACCUGGCUGGGCAGAGGCCACCUCUUACUGCAGCAAGAACCUCACUCAGGCCUUAAGCUUGAGUCCCCAGCUUAAGCUCCGUCCCCAGCUUCCUCUGGGCAAUGCUGCUUUGGGGAAAAGUGGAUUCCAUCAACCUUUCUGCACCUCCUUUUCUGCCAACUGCUCACCUGCUCGCACAGCAGGAUGCAGAACACCCUCAAGCCAAGCAAAGCAUAAAAUGCUGCCGCCACUCAGGAGCAGAAGCAGAAAAACCUGCCUCUGCACCAAAGUGAACCAAAGGACCAGUAAAUGUUUCCUGACUCUGCCAUCUGCCAGGAUGGGCCUGGUGACAUCUUAGAGCUACCUGUUAGGGCAGGAUCCCUAACAGGUGUCCAACACGGGGACCGGGGGGAUUAUAGCCCUCAGUCCAUGCCAGAAUUCCUGGAACAUCUUGGACAGAAGACUUCAUCUGCUGUUGGACUGGGGAGACGUCUUGGCCAUGGAUUGAAGAGUGGUGACGGGGACUUGGAUGACUGAGGCCCAGCCUUCUGAAAAACAUCACUGCCCUUCCACAAAAACGGCACUUGCUUGUUCCAUUCUGUCUUCGCCAAACUUCUGUGAUUCGUCUUUUGAAGCUGGGAGUAAAACUGGGGUCAGUUGUCACAUGCUUACAAUUCACCUGGAAAGAGGGAAAUUUGACUGAAAGGGAGAGGGAAGCUGCAGGCAAAUAAAUACGAUGUCAUGUUCCUAUUUGGUUUCCUUUUUUC